GCUCGGCAGCAUGGCGUCGGUGGCGCUGAGCGAGGCGGAGAAGGUGUACAUCGUGCAUGGCGUUCAGGAAGACCUCCGUGUGGACGGCCGCGGCUGUGACGACUACCGAUGUGUCGAAGUGGAGACCGACGUGGUGUCCAACACCAGUGGGUCUGCCAGAGUCAAGCUGGGUCACACCGACAUCUUGGUGGGCGUGAAGGCAGAAAUGGGGACGCCGAAGCUGGAGAAACCAAACGAAGGUUACUUGGAGUUCUUUGUUGACUGUUCCGCCAGUGCUGCCCCUGAGUUUGAAGGUCGCGGAGGCGAUGACCUUGGCACGGAGAUUGCUAACACCUUGUACCGGAUAUUUAACAAGAGCAGCAUCGACCUCAAGUCCCUGUGCAUGAGCCCCCGCGAGCACUGCUGGGUUCUCUACGUGGACGUGCUGCUGCUGGAAUGUGGUGGGAAUUUGUUCGAUGCCAUCUCCAUAGCUGUGAAGGCUGCGCUCUUCAACACAAGGAUACCAAGAGUUCGUGUUCUGGAAGACGAAGAAGGGUCGAAGGACAUUGAACUGUCCGAUGACCCCUACGACUGCAUCCAGCUAAGCGUGGAGAAUGUCCCCUGCAUCGUCACCCUGUGCAAAAUUGGCUAUCGGCACGUGGUGGACGCUACUCUUCAGGAGGAGGCCUGCUCCUUGGCCAGUUUGCUGGUGUCCGUGACCAGCAAGGGAGUCGUGACGUGCGUGAGGAAGGUGGGAAAGGGCAGCCUGGACCCAGAGAGCAUCUUCGAGAUGCUGGAGACUGGCAAGCGCGUGGGCAAGGUGCUGCAUGCCUCCCUGCAGAGUAUUCUACACAAGGAGGAGAGCCUGGGGCCCAAGAGACAGAAAGUCGGAUUCCUGGGCUGAUAUGCACAGCAGCCUCCAACUGCGGAAUGUUCGCCUUCUCCUUUUCCCUGGAAGCUGAAGUUUGUAACAUUGUUUUCUUAACUGCUGUGAAUUUAAGGCAACAUUUGUACAUGUGAAAUUAAAGUCUAUUUUCUGGU